UUUGAUUUUGAUCUUGUUUUUAUUGUUUUUAUUGACAUUUUUAUUGAUAUUUGAUCUUUGUUCUUGUUUUCAGGUUUGCUGGAGUUUGGAGGAGUUUGUCAGAUGGGUGAAAACCGCAGCCGCUCCAGAUCCAGGAGUUCUGCUUUCAUCCAGGCAGCUGUUCAGGACGUCAGGACACAUGAUGGUGAUGGUGAAACCCAGACCGUGAGCCAAGAGCUUGAUGGAUUUCUCGCACCUCUGCCUUCCCUGUUGGCCAAAUCUGUGUCCACAGAUCAGGGUAACAGGAAGAGGAAGCGGCAGAGCGGCAGCCAGCAAACACCAGAAGAUGAACGUCCGUCCACCUCAUCUAGAAGAGCUCUCAAACGCUCUCGCAGAGACGCGUAUGCAAAGGGCCCACUGCUGGGAGACGGUGGAUUUGGCUCUGUGUUUGCUGGGAUGCGCAGGUCUGAUGGACUGCCAGUCGCCAUCAAGUAUGUGUCUAAAGAGCGGACACAGAGGAGACUGAGAGUUGAAGGUCAGGGUCGGCUGCCGCUGGAAGUGGCACUGAUGACCCGCGUCAAUUCAGCUCCUGCCUGCCCCAACGUCCUGCAGCUGCUAGACUGGUUUGACCGUCCCAGACGCUACAUCCUGAUCCUGGAGCGUCCGGAUCCCUGCCAAGACCUCCAGAGCUUCUGUGAGGAGAACGGCUGUCUGGAUGAGGGUCUGGCCAAGAAAGUGCUGGUGCAGCUGAUCGCGGCUCUGAAACACUGCGAGAGCCGCGGAGUCCUGCACCGGGACGUCAAGCCAGAGAACCUGCUGAUCUCCACAGAGUCCCAGGACAUCAAGCUGCUGGACUUCGGCUGUGGAGAUCUGCUCAAGCGCUCGGCCUACAAAUACUUCGCAGGAACUAUUCAAUACGCUCCACCUGAGUGGUUCUGCAGACAGCGCUACCAUGCGGGUCCAGCUACGGUGUGGUCAGUAGGAGUGACCCUCUUCAACAUCCUGUGCAACCGUUUCCCCUUCGGAGGCUCACUGAGGGUCACGUCCAGGAGCAAACUGACCUUCCCCAUAACUCUGUCAACAGAGGCAGUAGACGCAGAUGGAGAAGAGGAGAACACACACCGAACACACACUGAACAGCAGAUUCCAGCAGAAAACACACUCUGAUGCAGUAGUAAAGUCCCUCAUCAGAGACACUGACAUUCUCUAUAUGCAGAUCAUAGGAGUUACUGGAGCUGUUGGGCAGAAAACUGAAGCGUGGAAACGUCUCCUUGAAGAGUGUUGAGCGAUCUAUUGACAGAGAUGGCUGAUUCUCAUGUGAGCAGUUUCUCAUCCAAAUAAUGUCUGAUCCAAAAGGUAAAGCGCAGUAGAGAGUGACGCUUUCUCCUGGUUUAACUCUCAUGUCCACUUCUGUCCCAAACACUUUCUGCUCUUCACACAACCAAACACCUGCAGAACAAACGCAAGAGUGUGUAUUAAAUCUCUAGCACAUCAUCAAGAAUACAUCAUGACAUUCAAACACAGAAAUAUUGACUCACACAGAAGUAUGAGGACUGUAAGUCUCGCUCGCUCCAUCUCAGAGACUGUGAAUGUGAGAGUCUUCAGCUGCGGUGUGAAGGGUCCGCUUCAUUGUGGUGGGAGGGAUCUCUGUGGAAGAGCUCUGAAUCUUUAUGCUGUUGUUUUGUUUUUAGGGAUAUAAUCUGGUCUGUUUCCUCUCAUCUGUUCCUUUUAAAAACACUUUAAAAGCUCUUUUAGAUGUUUAAGUUUAAUAAUAAAAUGCAAGAGUGAAUUCAGUUUCAUAAAUUGUUGGGACUUUUGUUUUGGACGAUGUGAUGUUUAAUGUUGUGAUGGAGAUGACCUGAAGUGUUGAGCGUCUUCAUGAGUUUCUUGUUUGGCAUCGUUCAUCUACAUGCUGAUUGUUUUCUUUGGCUUCUAAACCUCCAGAAUGAAUGUCUUUACUCAAGGUUUCUUUUGCUCUUGGUCUUUAGAGUUGCUAGAAACUUAUUUUUGCUUUUGUCUGUGACCGCAAAGCUUUCCAUUCCAUUUGUGCACUCUAUACAAGCUCAAGUCACAACUAGUGCACUGACACAAUCACGAGGCUGUGGUUUCCUGUUUUAGCUUGUCUAAAAAUCCCAUGGUGAAACAAGAGCAAUCAUGGUUAGUUUUAUUAUAUCAGUUUAAUUUGAUUGAUUGAUUUAUUGAUUGAUGAAGUGUUUGUGCUUUAUGGUGGGCCUGGUGAUAAUCUACAGACACUUUUUUCUGUUAAAUGAAUAAUGUGUAUCAGAGUUACAGUGUGUAUUUGAUCAGUGUGGAUUUGACAUGAAAUGUGAAAUUUACUAAAUUGUAAACUCAUAAUCUGAAAGUGAAAAUAUAAAAUAUAUUUUUUUAACUUGAUCAGAACUCAUAAAUACAGAGACGUAAGCAUUCACAAGAGGACAGUGACAAAGGCCACUGGAAACAUUUGUGGUUUGGGUCGUACCCUAGAAAAGCAAAGAGCAGGCUGGACUCUCUCCAUCACCAUAACCAGCACUUCAGUCACACAUGAAAAGCGCUUCUCACAUCCUGUGGCAUUUAACAGAAUAACUCCAGCACUAAAUGACUACAGUACAUUUCUACAUCAGUCUACUGUAAUGAUGGCUGAGUUCAGAAUCACAUACUGUACUUUCCUACUGUAUAGGACAGAUGGAAACAGGAUUUCUAUGGCACGAAUCUUGACAACAUUAAUGCUUGCUUUUUCUCGUCAACACUAAUGAUCAAGUAGCCUGAGUGAAUUAUUAGGCUAAAAUUGGAUUUAUUACUGCUCAUCUGUAUAGUUUACACACUAUACAUUUGAUUUGUCACAGUUUCAUGCCGUUUACAUCAACAACAGCUGAACUUUGUCUUCCAGUUUGAGCUUGAACAUGUGUGUGUUUACAGUAACUUUUAUUAUGUGUUAUUAUGAGCACAAUCCCGUCAGUUUAUGAAUAAGGUCUUACUUCAAUCUUACUUAAACAUGAACACAUCAUUUGUGUAGUUUAUUGUUAUUGUUUGUAUUGUUUAUGUUGAAUUAAAUAAGAAUAAAUAUGUGAAGAACCGGUAAGACUUUUUAUUUCUAACACAGAGCACAGAAUCAUAAAAACUAUCAUCGUCAUAUAAACUGGACUGAUUUUAUUAAGUGUAAUAAUGCUGAUACAUCCCUGAACACAAUCUAGUAAUGGAGGUAAUGCACACGGGUUAAAUAUUAAGAAGAAUAAUUAAAGUUUCACUGAAAAAAUAAUAUAACUCUACUGAAGUUUUCAUUAAAUUGCUUAUUUCUGAAAACUGACCAUUGUUUCAUCUCAUGCCAUGUUACAAUGAACUGGUCCUGAUAAAUUCAUUUGUGAAUAAGUGGUUUUGACGUCCCUUCAGCUAUUAGCCACUAGAUGGCGCCAUUGUUUGUUCAUGACUCCCUCUUCAAUUUUUAUUCAUGUUCAUAAACGCUACUAAAUAUUAAAUAUUUGUUUAAUAUUUGAAAAAAAGUGAUCAUUCAUGAGUGAACAUUUACUUACUAAUUUAUUUUGAGAUAUGCAGAGGAUCUACAGAUACAAACAUAUGCAGCCUUGAGCUGUUAUUAAUAAAGUGUUUUUUUGUUUGUUUGUUUUCUUAAUGAACACAGUCUUAAAAACAUUAAUACUGUCCAAAAAUAAAAUGUAUAACCCUAAAGAGUCAGUGGAUCAUAAUGUUCAUUUAAAGACAGUUGAUUGUAAUAGAUAAUGUGCUGUAAAUAAAAGCAUGUCCACUCAAACACUAUCAGAAAUAAGACAGAAAGUAGACUAAGAGCAGUUCAUGUGUCAGAUGUUGGUGUAGGGAUGUUUAGAUGUCAGUCGUCUAUAAGAGACUUCAGUGUGGACGCAGAUCUUUCCAGUCUUACUCGCCUCACACUGAUGUUUCUCCACACAAUCUGCCUGAAAUGAUUGACAAGGAGAGAAUGGAUCAAAUAAACUAGUGAAAAACCA